GUCGUCUUGUUGAUUUUUCCAUUUGUUUGCAGGAGCAGCCCCCCGUCUCUCUCUCUCUCUCUCUCUCUCUCUCUCUCUCCCCACACCAGUCCCUUGAUUCUCUCUUGCCGUCGAAAUUCCUCCUCGAAACCUCUUCUAUUCUGGAGCCUCUGAAGAAGAUCCAGUGAAACCCUAAAAAUCACCAUUCCAAAAGGGAGGUGGCAGAAAGACACGAAAUACCAGAGCCAAUCACCGUGGUUCUCUUACAUCACUUGGUUGCUGUCCGUCUCGGAUCCUAAUUUGAGCUCAGGGCAAACAUUUCAAUUAGCGUAUAAUUGGAAUUCAAUGGCAGAGAUGAUGGAUGGAAAUAUGCCCAAUAUAAAGAAAUGGGUUGUGUUGUAUCCUGUUUACAUAAACUCGAAGAAGACCAUAGCUGAGGGCAGGCGAAUCAGUGUGACUAAAGCUUGUGAAAAUCCAACUUGUGCUGAAAUUGGUGAUUGCUGCAGCCAUCUCAAACUCCCUUUUGCUAUUGAGAUUGACAAGGCCUAUCCACGCGAUUUCAUGCAAAUAGGGAGGGUGAGGGUACUGCUUAAGAAGGAUGAUGGCACUUUUUACAAUCCAGCUAUUCCUACUAGAAAACAGCUAAUGCUCCGCGUUGCUGAGUUGGUGCCUAGGCAUCCUAUGAGGACUAAGAAGCAGGAGCCUACAUCCACAUCAGUUGCUGCAUCAUCCAAGUCUGGCAAAGGUGGAAAAAAGAAGAGAUAGUUUUAGAAAAAAGAAGAGAGAGUUUUAUCAUUGCAAAUGCAUUAUCCACUUUAGUCUUUUCAGCUCAAGUCCCCGCAGAGGGAGAACAUGGUUGCAAAAACUGCUAGGAAAAGAGACCUUUCAUGGGAUUAUUAAAGCAGGUUCUCAUGCAAUUUGUGUUUUAUUUGAA